CCAAUUCGGCGGCGGCGGCGGCCUGGAACCCUUGGAGGCCGGUCCCGCGCAAGGUUGAGGGUUCUCGGUUGCCGCCGGCGAUGGAGGUUGUUCGCUCGUGAACAGAUGGCGGUCAAUCACCAUCUUCUCGACCUGAACUCCCAGAUUUUCGGAGCUGUUCCCAAGGCUGGAGGACGAGACUCCUGGGCGACGGCGGUUCGCGUCUAUGCGAGCGCCGGCGGGUUCGUUAUAGAGAAACGGCGGAGGCGGCCGAGAGGAGUAACGGCGUGGAGAUGGGUUGGUCGGGGACUCGCUGCUGCACAGCGGCUGAGUAGGGUUGUUCGUGGGCAGGGAGGACACGCAAACAGCGGGGCUGCACGACGGAGGCUGGCCGGAGAAUCGAUCGGACUGGUGUUGUUCUCGGAGGUGGUGAUGACGGGCGGUGAAUGCCGGCGAGGCUGCUCGAAGGGCUUGCGGGGC